AUUUGUUAGCCCGCGAGACAGUGAAAAAUAAAGGAUUUUGACACCGAAAUUGAAAAUACCAAAACAUCUAACUUCUCACUCAUAUAGUCGUCUUCCUCCUCCGAGUUAGGGUUUUGUUCGCUGUUGGAAAACCAAAUCUUUCGCUAUCCUCAAUUGGUUUUAUUAUAAUUAUUGCUUCGUCUAUGUGAAAGAAAAAUGUAUUCUUCAAGAGGGAGUAAUGCGUACGGUCAACAAUCUUAUGCUGGGCAACCUGCCUAUGGCCAAAACCUGGGCUCUGCUUAUUCCGGAAGUACUGUUGGAGGUCCGGACGGGGGCUCUCAACUUUCCAUAUCUUCUCGUCAUACCUCCAUGUUAGCUUCUUCCCAAGAAGCCGACGCUACUGCAUAUAGAGCUCAUCCUUCAGCCACGGCACAUUACGGGGGACAAUAUGGUUCUUUGUAUAGCUCGACUGCUUUGACUGGUGUAUCUCAGGUUCCAUCAAUAACUACCAAAGCGGGAACAUCUACUUUGGAAAGUCGUGGGGCUUAUACCUCAGCUGUUCCAGAUUCACCGAAAUUCUCCUCUGGUGACUAUGUCUCCUCUUCAACCCAUGGGUAUGCUCAUAAAGGGGGUCAACUAUAUGGGGAAAAGGUUCCUGAUUAUCCUGUUAUAGACAGAAGACAAUAUGGGGAAAGACAAAGUUCAUAUAUGGGAAGGGACUUGCAAAAUGAAUCAACUGGAAGAUAUGCUGAUUCUGUCAGUUUCGCACAUCAGAGUGAGAUUUAUGAUCGGAUUGAUCAGGCAGUUCUGCUUCGGCAAGAACAAUUAUUGAAGUCACAAUCAUUGCAAUCUGCUUCUCUUGAUGGGAAUGCCAGAGAAACUGACUAUCUUGCAGCAAGAGCUGCUGCUAGUCGUCAUCCCACCCAAGAUCUCAUCACUUAUGGAGGAAGAGUUGAUGCUGAUUCUCGCAAUAUAUCGUUACUUGGUGCUUCAUCCUACAACACACAACAUGCCCCUUCAAUAUUAGGGGCAGCCCCACGGAGAAAUGCUGAUGACCUUGUGUAUGCACAAAGCUCUUCAAAUCCUGGUUAUGGAGUGAGCCUCCCUCCUGGUAGGGAUUACGCCAUGGGGAAAGGGCUACAUGCUUCAUCACUUGAGACAGAUUAUCCUAGUAGUGUAUUGCCUCGCAGUGGUCACGCAAGGAUUGAUGAGCUAAAGGAUGAUAGGGCUAGUUACCUUCGAGAGUUUGAGCUAAGGGAGGAGGAACGUCGUCGGGAGCGUUUACGAGAUAGAGAAAGAGACAGAGAAAGGGAGAAGGAACGUGACCGAGAUCGAGAUCGAGAACGGGAACGAGAACGAGAAAAAGAAAGAGAUCGUGAAAGGGAGCGCAUUUUGGAACGUCGAGAAAAGGAGAGAGAGCGAGAGCGCAAACGUGCACUUGAAGUAAGGCGUGAUCGAAGUCUACCAAGAGUUUCUCGGGAUCGUCGAGGCGCGUCUUUGUUAAAGGAGGGGAGACCAUUGCGACGAGAGUCCCCUCAACGCGAAGCUUUGCAUAGGCGUCGUUCCCCUGUUAAAGAGAAAAGGAGAGAGUAUGUCUGCAAGGUUUAUACUUCCAGUUUGGUUGACGAGGAGAGGGACUAUCUGUGCAUAGAUAAGCGAUAUCCCAGGCUUUUCAUAUCCCCUGAGUUUUCCAAGGCAAUUGUAUAUUGGCCAAAGGAGAAUCUUCAACUUUCUAUCCAUACUCCCAUCAGUUUUGAGCAUGAUUUUGCUGAAGAAGAAAGCACAUCAGGGUCGAAAAAGGAUUCUACUAACCUUUUGUCUGAAGAAUCUUCAAAAUCAGGACAUGGAAAUAUAGUGUGGAAUGCAAAGUUUAUUCUAAUGAGUGGAAUUAGCAAGAAUGCUCUGGAGGAGCUAUCAUCUGAAAAGAUUUCUGAUGAUCGCAUACCCCAUAUCUACAACAUCCUUCGCUUCGCUGUUCUUAAAAAGGAUCAUUCUUUCAUGGCAAUUGGUGGCCCUUGGAAAUCGGUUGAUGGUGGGGACCCAUCUGUUGAUGAUACAUCUUUAAUUCAUACUGCUCAAAGAUAUGCAAAGGAUGUUGCUCAACUUGAUCUGCAAAAUUGCCAGCACUGGAACCGUUUUCUUGAGAUACACUAUGACAGACUUGGAAAGGAUGGACUGUUUAGUCAUAAGGAGGUUACUGUAUUGUUUCUUCCCGAUUUGUCUGAAUGUCUCCCUUCUUUGGAUGCAUGGCGAGAACAAUGGCUUGCACACCAGAAGGUUGUUGCUGAAAGAGACCGUCUUCUUUCACUGCGAAGAGAGAAAAUGAAGGUGAAAGAUGCACUAAAAGAUAAAAAUAAUGAUUCCUUCAAAGAUGUUAAACUGGUUGACAAAGAAGAGAAAAAAAGAGAGGCUUCAUCUUCUGGAAAAGCUAAAGAUGCUGAAAAAAAGGAGAAAGAUGGUAACAAUUCCAAAAGAAAUGCAUCAGAAGCAACGGGUGACACAAAGGUGGAAGAGAUGAAAGUGGAUAAAAAAGAAGAGGGAGCAACUGCUGUUGCUCAAGCAACUGGCGGUGUGGUGACUGGGAAGAAGAAGAUUAUAAAGAAGGUUGUCAAACAGAAAGUUGUUGGCAAGACUACUGGUGAUACUGCAAGCAAACAUCAUAAUGGAAAUGAAAAAGAGGAUAAUAAUGCAAACUUAGAAAUUUCAGGUCAACAGGAUGCAUCUGCGUCAAGUGGGGUGAAAACUUUUGCUAGGAAAAAAGUAGUGAAGAAAGUGGUGAAAGCUAGUGUGAGUGAGGAUAAAGUUGCACAUUCUGAGAAGAAAGUUGACAAGGAAACAGAUUCCUCUGUAGAGAAACUAAAAGAUAAAUUAGAUCCAAACAGUGCUGCAGCUGGGAAAGAUACCAGUGUGAAAACUGUCAAGAAGAAGAUUAUCAAGAGGGUACCAAAAAGAAAAAUUGCUACUGUGCAAUCCAACGAUGGUAAGGAGAAAGAUGCUGCUGAAUCAGUAGAUGGAACACCAAGUACAGGGAAGCAAAAGGCUGAUGCAGAUAACAUGAAAACUGAAGUUAAAUCAUCAGAAAAAAAAAAUAUUUUUAAAACAGCACAAGUUGUAGAGAAGUCAGAUAAGACAGGAAGUUCUGGUAAAGUAGAUGUAAAGGAUGAAAAAGCAGAGAAGAAAGAGGUGAAGGGAGCCGGUGAGCGAAGUGCUACUAGAAAAGAGACAGAAACAGAUAAGAAGAAAAUAUCCCAAAAGGACAUCAAUGAUAGUAAGAGCGGGUCAUUGAAAGAUGACGAGAAAUCGAAAGAUGUUAAGGAGAAAAAGGCCAAAGAUGUAAAGGAUGAAUCUAGAAGCAAAUCAAAUAAAGAAUUGAAAGAAAAGAAAAAACCUGAAGAACCUCCUCGACACCCAGGAUUUAUUCUACAAACAAAAUCGAGCAAGAAUUCUAAGUUACGAUCCAUGUCACUGGCUCUGGAAACACUCUUGGAUUAUUCUGAUAAAGAUGUUGAAGAAUCAACAUUUGAGCUUUCGCUCUUUGCUGAGACACUCUGUGAAAUGCUUCAGUAUCAAAUGGGUUGUCGUCUCCUCACUUUUCUCCAGAAAUUGCGUGUGAAAUUUGUGAGGAAAAGAUUGCAAAAUAAGAGGCAAAGGGAAGAGAAGAGAGGGAAUGAAACUGAUAAAAUGUCACCAUCAAAACGUCUCAAGACUGAGAAAUCCUCUGUCAACAACCAAUCUACUCAAGCAUCUGAAACUGAAACAUCAAAUCAGGCCCAUCCAGAUGAUAAAAAGGAAGAUAAAAAUACAGUGGAGGAGCAUAUUGCUGUUGAGGCGAAAACCUGUAACUUGGUUGAUCCUGGUGAUGAAGUGAAGACAGAAAAUGGAACAGAUGAUGAUGAUGAAGACUAUGAGGAAGAUCCAGAAGAAGACCCAGAGGAAGAAGACCCAGAGGAAGACCCAGAAGAGGAUGAAGAAAUGGAUGAUGUGAAUGCUCCAGGUGAUUCGUCUGUUCAAAAUGGUACCAAGGAAACAAGCUUAAACGCUGAACCUGUAAACGAGAAGGAUGACAACUUGGAUAAGGGACAACCUGACCUCAAGGAUACAGAGACAACAGCCAAAUCGGACAAAAAACCAGCUGAAAAAGUUGAGACAAAGGCAGAUACUGGUGAGAAAGAAACUCCUGUAAAGUUGAAGGAGGCGUCUGCUGACAAGGAGCUAUUGCAGGCUUUUAGGUUUUUUGACCGGAAUCGAGUUGGCUACAUCAGGGUUGAAGAUAUGCGGUUGAUUAUCCACAACUUGGGGAAAUUCCUCUCGCACAGGGAUGUCAAGGAACUUGUGCAGAGCGCAUUGUUAGAGAGCAACACAGGAAGGGAUGAUCGUAUUCUUUACUAUAAGCUUGUGCGGAUGUCUGACAUAUCAAAAGAUUGAAGAAGAAAUCAUGGUAAUUUUGGUCUCUCUUUGCUUCUUGACUUAUAUUCCGGAAUUUGUCUUCGUUUGAAGUAAUAUAAUUUAAAGUCCGUAAGAAGCGGUGGCUAUAUAAGUUUCCUCUUUGCUUGAAACAUUGUAAAGAAACAUUGCUGUUCCUUUUUUUUUUUUAUCUUUAAAUAGAUAUUAAAAGUAUUUUUAUUGGAUGAUUUAAAAUUCUGCAAUUCUCUUA